AUGUUCGUACCCGAGUACUACGUCAACGCCGAAGACAUAGCACGAAUACACGCCAUAGCCCUCCUCGACCCCGAAGUCAAAUCCGAGCCCCUCUUCGCAUUCGCCGCUCCCUUCCAAUGGACCGACAUCAUCCGUCUUCUACGCAAAUAUCGUCCCGAGAAUGACAAAAUCCCAGCUCCUCCAGAGAAUGAGAGUAAGGAUUUGAGUGUGGUGCCACCUGCGAAAAGGGCGGAGGAAUUGCUCGAGGACUGGUUUGGGCAGCCUGGUUGGGUUUCUUUGGAGCAGUCUCUUCAGGAUGGACUUGAUACUUAUGCUUCUUAG